AUGCUUUUACAGAUUAAUAAUUAAUAAAAAUUGUAGCAACAAUAGGCGUAUGACUAUGCUGCUCUUUAAAGUAAUAAAAGGGUGAUAAAAAAUGGUCAAAAUAUUUCGUCAUAGAUUUAUGCUUAAAAGAAAGAUGCUCAAAAGAGAGCUCUUACUCCAGUUAAAACAAGUGGUUAGAAAUUUAAGUAAUACACCUCUCCUUAAAUAAAGUCUAUUAAAACAAUGACAAACGUAUAUGGAGGCAAUCAAUUAUAAAUACAAAUUAAGCCUUAAAAUAAAACCUAAUUGCCACCAAUAAUGACUUAAAGCGCAGUUCCUUAAGGAUAAAAAAAAAGUGUAUUCAUUGGGAAAGGCAACAAUGAUCAAUUAAUAAGAGAAUUCUUUGAAAAAAAGGGAUGGAAUGUAUUAGAUAGCAGCUUGAAGUUUUGGACAAAAUUUAAUUUUAAGUGGGUAUAAACAAUCAACGAAAUAGAUUGGCAAUUCUUCCAUGAUGGAUAAUAAAUAGUUAAUCACAUUCAAAAUAUUUCCAUUAUCGCAACUAAGUCAGGGCUUGUAUAAACUAUAAAAGAUUUUGAGUCAAAAGAUAAAUUCUUAGCUAGCUCCUAUGGUAUUCAUUCUUCCUAGUUUAUGCCUGAAACAUUUCGCUUAGAUGUGACCAGAGACGAUUAUUCCAUAGAAGAAUAGAACUUUUUGAACUAGAAAAAUACUGGUUUAUGGAUAAACAAACCAACCAAUUUUAAUUGUGGUAAAGGAAUUUAAAUGGUGUCUGAUAUUAAAAAGUUUAAAGAUGAAUUUACUCGUUUAAAGUCUUAGAGUUAUUCCCUUAGGUAAGGUAAGUCUAUUGCUUCAACUAAAUUCUAAGUCUUCCAUAAGAAAUGUAUAAUAUAAAGAUAUAUAGAAAGCCCAUUACUACUUGAUAAAAAGAAAUUUGAUAUGCGUGUCUACGUUUUUAUUGCAUGCACUGAUCCUCUUCUUGUCCUCUAUAAUCCUGGGUACCUUCGUCUCUCCAUGAAUGACUACAAUAAAGAAAAUGUUGAUGAUAAUAAUGAAAAAUUCACUCACUUAACUAAUGCUGCUAUUUAAAAGAAACAUCCUAAUUUCUAAAAAAACAAAGAAAACACUAUCUGGAGUGUAGAGAGGUUUGAAAAAUAUGUCAUGUAAAACUACAACGUUUCUCUAAAAUAACUAGAUGAAUUAAAAAAGAAAAUAAAAUCUGUUCUUACUUAUGUUAUACGUUCAGCUGAGAAAAAAUUAGAUAAAAAAUAAGGCUGCUUUGAAUUACUAGGUUGUGAUAUCUUAUUAGGAAGCGAUUUUACUCCUUACUUGAUUGAAAUGAAUCAUAAUCCGGCUCUUCAUUUAGACACUGUUGUGUAAAGUUAAGUUAUUCCAUAAGUAGUAAAUGAUGCAUUAGAAAUAGUAAUGCAAAUUCAUGAGAAGUAAGAAAAGCCAGAAUUGGCUAUAAAAGGUGAAUUUAAUACUAGAUGUUUCUAAACAUUAAUAAAUGAAGCUAACAACUUUUGCUUCUUAAGAUCUUAAAAGCAAAACUUACAGUAAGUUGGUAGUUAGGAAAUAAAAAAAGAUUUAACUCCCGUUUCUACUAAAGAUAAGUCACUUUCAACAUUUUAAACUCUUCAAAGCCAAUAAUCCAUGAAAGAGCAUUCAUGA